CCCCGCGCCCCGCUCCGCCUGUCCCCGCGCCCCAGUCCGCGCCCGCCAUGCCCGAGCAGCUCAGCGUCGCAGAGUUCCUGUCCGUCACCGCCGAGGACCUCAGCUCUCCGGCCGGGGCCGCCGCCUUCUCCGCCAAGAUGCCCCGGUGCCGGGGGGCAGCGUUGGCUCGGGAGGAGGUGCUGGAAGGAGACCAGGCCAUCCUGCAGAGAAUAAAGAAGGCCGUGCGGGCCAUCCACAGCUCUGGCCUCGGCCACGUGGAGAACGAGGAGCAGUACCGCGAGGCCGUGGAGUCCUUGGGCAACAGCCACCUGUCCCAGAACAGCCACGAGCUGUCCACUGGCUUCCUGAACUUGGCCGUGUUCACGCGUGAGGUGGCCGCACUCUUCAAGAACUUGGUUCAGAACCUGAACAACAUCGUCUCCUUCCCACUGGACAGUCUGUUGAAGGGGCAGCUGAGGGACGGGCGGCAGGAUUCCAAAAAGCAGCUGGAGAAGGCAUGGAAGGACUACGAAGCCAGAGUGGCCAGGCUGGAGAAGGAGCGAGAGCGGGCCAGGGUGACAGGAGGGGGCCCUGGGGAAGUGGCCCAGGACGCGCAGAGAGAGCGACGCGUCUUCCAGCUGCACAUGUGUGAGUACCUGCUCAAAGCUGGGGAGAGCCAGGUGAAGCAAGGUCCUGACUUCCUGCAGAGCCUCAUCAAGUUCUUCCACGCCCAGCACAACUUCUUCCAAGAUGGCUGGAAGGCAGCUCAGAGCCUGUCCCCCUUCAUCGAGAAGCUGGCGGCCUCAGUACAUGCACUGCGUCAAGCACAGGAGGAGGAGCUACAGAAGCUGACCCAGCUCCGGGACUCCCUCCGAGGGACACUGCAGCUUGAGAGCAGAGAGGAGCACCUGAGCCGGAAGAACUCAGGAGGUGGUUACAGCAUCCACCAGCACCAAGGCAACAAGCAGUUCGGGACAGAGAAGGUGGGCUUUCUGUACAAGAAAAGCGAUGGAAUUCGAAGAGUCUGGCAGAAAAGGAAGUGUGGCGUCAAGUACGGCUGCCUGACCAUCUCACACAGCACGAUCAACCGGCCCCCAGUCAAGCUGACCCUGCUGACGUGCCAAGUGAGACCAAACCCAGAGGAGAAAAAGUGCUUCGACCUGGUGACCCACAACAGGACCUACCACUUCCAGGCAGAGGACGAACACGAGUGUGAGGCGUGGGUGUCAGUGCUCCAGAACAGCAAGGACGAAGCCCUGAGCAGCGCCUUCCUCGGGGAACCCAGCGGCGGCCCGGGCUCCUGGGGGGGCGCGGGGCUGGACGGGGAGCCCCUGGACCUAACGAAGCUGCUCAUCGCCGAGGUGAAAAGCAAGCCCGGGAACGACCAGUGCUGCGACUGCUCCUUCGCACACCCCACGUGGCUCAGCACCAACCUGGGCGUGCUCACCUGCAUCCAGUGCUCCGGCGUCCACCGCGAGCUGGGCGUGCGCUUCUCGCGAAUGCAGUCCCUUACUUUGGACCUGCUGGGCCCCUCCGAGUUGUUGCUGGCCUUGAACAUCGGAAACACUCGCUUCAAUGAGAUCAUGGAGGCCCAGCUUCCCUCAGUGGGCGGUCCUAAGCCCUCAGCUGAGAGUGACAUGAGCAUCCGCAGGGACUACAUUGUGGCCCAGUAUGUGGGACACAGGUUCGCCCCCCGCUCCCCGCCUGAGCCGCAGAGACUCCGCACAGCCAUUCACAACAAGGACCUCCUGUCAGUACUGGAGGCCUUUGCCAGCGGGCAGGACUUUGGACAGCCACUGCCGGGGCCUGAGGGGCAGGCACCUGGAGAGCUGGCCCUGCACUUGGCUGUCAAAGUCGCCAACCAGGCCUCCCUGCCCCUGGUGGAUUUCAUCAUCCAGAAUGGGGGUCACCUGGAUGCCAAAGCUGCUGACGGGAACACGGCGCUGCACUACGCCGCACUGUGCAACCAGCCCGACUGCCUCAGGCUGCUACUGAAAGGGAGAGCCUCGACCGGCACAGUGAACGAGGCAGGGGAGACAGCCCUGGACAUAGCCAGACAGAAGCAACACAAGGAGUGUGAGGAACUGCUAGAGCAGGCCCAGGCGGGGACCCUGGUCUUCCCUCUGCAUGUCGACUACUCCUGGGUUGUUUCUACGGAGCCUGGCUCUGACAGCGAGGAGGACGAGGAAGAGAAGCAGCGCUGCCCUCUGAAGCCCCCAGCCCAGGCCCGCUGGGCCCCCGGGAGAGUGAACCUCAACAACAAGACCUACGAGACUGUCGCCAGCCUGGGACUGGCCACCCUUCAGAGCCAGAGCGAGGACUGUCCUCCACCCUUGCCGGUCAAAAACUCUUCUCGGGCUGUGAGCCAAGGCCGUGCAGGACCUGCCAGUGGAGAUCGUCCAGAUGGUCCCAGCCUGAGUCCUGAGGCCCCUGAGACUCCUGAAGGCCUGGACAGUCCAGCAGCCUCCUCCUCCUCUAGCCUCACCAGCCCUACUGAACCUGGGGGUUUCAGCCAAGCCCCAUCUAGCUCCGAGGAAGGCCUCCGGCAGCCCUUGGGCACCUCUCGACCCAGCCCUGGGCCCACCCCUGCAGAGAUGUAUCCUCCCGUCAGGUUCAGCUCCGAAAGCACUCGCUCCUAUCGGCGGGGGGCCCGGAGCCUGGAAGAUGGUCCCUCAGCCAGGCAGCCUCCGUCCAGAAGGAACGUGCUGACUGGCGUCACUGAAGGAGACGUCUCAAGGACUGGGGCUCUCCCAGCGAGUUCUGUGCAACUUCUGCAAGACUAGCUCCCUGCUGGCCCCUGCAUGCCGCACACUGGACCCCAGCGUGCAGACCUGGGACGUGAGCCCACAGGACUGGGGAACUAAGGCGUUUGUUCCCUUGUGCUUCUGUGGCUGGCCUUCUCAUUGUGGAUCACGGGCCUGCCGAGUGCACUGGGCCCUUCUGCGUUGGGGCCGAUGGUGGUCUUUGUCCCUGUCUCAUUACCUGCUGGGGCCAGGCAUCUGAGUCCUCGUGAGCUAGCUUUAGCCGCAGAGCCCUCAGCCCCUCGUCAGAUGGUUGUUAACGUUCUCCCAUCGGCCUGGGACCAGCCGCCUCCUCAUUCUCCAUGUCCAGAGCAGGGACGCUGGACCAGGGACUGGUCUCAGCUGUUUACUAGUCUAGUAUUUCUUCACCAGAUUCCAGCUCUAUGUGCAGGCGUGCGAGGCACUUGGGAUGCACGUGAAUGGCACGUCCUGCAAGCAUGGUCCUUUCCCGGGAAGCUGGUCUCUGGGGUGGGCUUGGGGAUGGGCAGGGCCAGUUUCCAGGGCGUGGGCUCAGGGGCAGGGCCAACCGUCCUCCGGCUUAUACCCGGGUGACUGUGGCACCUGCAGCUCAUAUCCAUUCUGGUCUGUCAAAGACCACGCUGUACUGGCGGUUCAGUAUUCGCAGUGUUACUCCACGUGAGGGCUCACUGCUUCCCUGGGGUCUCCACUCUGGUUCCCAGCCUGGAAAUAGAAGAGGACUCGCUCGUACUCGCCCAUCUCCUUGACCUCCGGGGAAGGAAAGGAAGGGCUGGGGAUGGCCGAGCCCCGGCUCUCACCUCUCUCGUGGUCAGCUCAGGAGCCUUCCAGUCUGAGGACGUGACUGUCAUGGCAGGGGAAAGGAGGGUGGGGGGGGGAGGCAGAGGUGGCAAGGCUUGCUCCCCGAAUCAGAGCCGUCCCUUGCCCAGCCUGGCUAGACCGCACAUGCUCAGAGCUCAGCCGUCACAGCUUUCUGGUUGUCAUCUGCUGGGACCUCCUGGGCAGACUGGAGAGCUCCGGGAGUGGGCAGCAUAGCCGUCUAGCCAGGGGCCGGGCUGUUCCCCUUGCAGACCUGGCUGCUCUGCGGUCCCCCAGGAUCCGGUGUCUGCUGAGCUCCUCGUGUCUGGCUUUGUUCAUCUCAGACUUGAUAUUUCACUCAUCUCUAAUAAAGGAUUUCCAGUAGUUUCA